UAUAAAAUAGAAGCACCCAAACUAUAUAUGUAUACAUAAUUCCAUUAGAGAGGGAGCAUGAGAAGAUAGGAGAUGGGGCCGACGAUCCCUCGCCAUAUUACAGUUAUUAAAAUAUCUUUUCCGUGAAGUCUUCGUCCGCAUUUUGUAUGUAUCUUUCCAUCCAAAGACAAAAGACAAAGACAGCCUCUCUCUCUCUCUCUCUCUCUCUCUCUCUCUCUCAGCGAUGAACACAGAACGAGGCUUCCGUAUCGUCUCCACUCUCCACUGUGCCAUGCCAUCGAUGGUGACGAACCGCCGCCAAACUCAAUCCAUCGUCAUCUCCAACUCCUCUCUGUAUUUAUCUGCGCAAUUAUUUGCUCAUUAUUCCAUCUUAUCCUCAUCUCCAUCGACUCUGCGGAUUUCCACCUCAAUUUUGCUAUCAUCGCCGAAAUUUUCGUUGCGGAGAUCAUUCAGCAGGAAUGGGGAGCGCCUCGUCGAUGUUGACUCAGUACGACAUUGAAGAAGUUCAGGAGCACUGCAAUCAUCUCUUUACUCAGCAAGAGAUUGUGAGUUUGUACGGUAGAUUUUGCCAAUUGGACCGGAACGCGAAAGGAUUCAUAUCAGCUGAUGAGUUCUUAUCAGUGCCAGAGUUUGCUAUGAAUCCUCUUUCACAUAGGUUGCUUAAGAUGGUAGAUGGAUUGAAUUUCAAGGACUUUGUUGCCUUCUUAUCUGCCUUCAGUUCCAAAGCUACUGUUCCUCAGAAAGUCGAGAUUAUCUUCAAAGUGUAUGACUCGGACAGCAACGGGAAGGUGGCUUUCAACGAUCUAAUAGACGUGCUUCGCGACAUGACCGGCUCGUUUAUGACAGACAAGCAACGCGAGGAAGUUCUGAGCCAACUGCUGCAUGAAACUGGUUAUACAAAAGAAUCUUGUCUUCUGCUUGAUGACUUCAUUAAGGAACUAAACAAGAUAACUUACAGCGCCGGAAAGUAGACAUUGUUAGAGUCGAGGGCCGUAGAAAGAAAUUGACCUGUGCACAGGCACGGCUGAGAUCCAUCGGCUAGAGGUUGAAGGAAUCUCUCAUAAAAAGUGCGGAAGAACGAACAAAGCUCGUGAUAGAAAUACAUGACCACUUUGAGACUACACAACAUUACCUGCAGCAACGAAAACGAGGAGGAGAAAUAAUAAACUAAACAUACAUGGAGUUCGGGUUAGUCUAUGAUUUGGGAAUGUUAUAGAGAAACAGAAUAUAACCGAAAUGAACAAAAAUGCGUCGAAUAAAACUAGCCCCGAUUACA